CUGGCUCGGGCCGCCAUUUUGUCUCCAGUGUCUCGUUUGCCGUCGCCUGAGUCGGAAGCGUCCUGCGGUCGCUGUGCUGCCCGUGGAGACUCGAAGCCUUUUGUCUUUGCCGGGCUCCCCCUCCGCGUCGCAGGCGCUCCGGACCUCCCGCCCCGGAGCCUCGGCCAGAGCCGCAGCGGCGCUUCCCCUUCCCCUCCCUCCCUCCCCGGGCCCCCGGAGGGACCCGCGCCCGUCACGCCCCUCCGCGCCCCGCGCGCUCCCGACGCGUGUGAGUGUGUACCCGCGCCCCCCGGACUCAGGCGGUGUCCCAUAGAUGGCCAGCUUUCCCCCGAGGGUCAACGAGAAAGAGAUCGUGAGAUCCCGUACCAUAGGAGAACUUUUGGCCCCGGCAGCUCCUUUUGACAAGAAAUGUGGUCAUGAAAACUGGACGGUGGCCUUUGCUCCUGAUGGUUCUUACUUUGCCUGGUCUCAAGGACAUCGCACAGUGAAGCUGGUUCCCUGGUCCCAGUGCCUCAAGAACUUUCUGUUGCAUGGCACCAAGAACGUUACUAAUUCAAGCAAUUCAAGACUUUCAAGACAGAACAGUUUUGGGGUUUCGAAGAACAAGCCUUGUGAACACGUCAUAGACUGUGGGGACAUUGUGUGGAGUCUUGCUUUUGGAUCCUCAGUCCCUGAAAAACAGAGUAGAUGUGUGAAUAUAGAAUGGCAUCGAUUCAAAUUUGGUCAGGACCAGCUCUUGCUGGCCACCGGCUUAAGCAAUGGACGCAUCAAAAUAUGGGAUGUCUAUACAGGAAAACUCCUCCUUAACUUAAUGGACCAUACAGAAGUGGUCAGAGAUUUAACUUUUGCUCCAGAUGGAAGCCUGAUUCUAGUGUCAGCUUCAAGAGAUAAAACUCUACGAGUGUGGGACCUUAAGGAUGAUGGAAACAUGAUGAAAGUCUUGCGGGGACAUCAGAACUGGGUUUACAGCUGUUCCUUCUCCCCAGACUCUUCCAUGCUGUGUUCAGUUGGAGCCAGUAAAGCAGUUUUCCUUUGGAACAUGGAUAAAUACACCAUGAUACGGAAAUUGGAAGGACAUCACAAUGAUGUGGUAGCUUGUGAGUUCUCUCCUGAUGGAGCAUUACUGGCUACUGCAUCCCAUGAUACUCGAGUGUAUGUCUGGGAUCCGCAUAUUGGAUCGAUUCUGAUGGAGUUUGGGCACCUGUUCCCUCCCCCUACGCCCAUCUUUGCCGGAGGAGCCAAUGAUGGCUGGGUGCGCGCUUUGUCCUUCAGUCAUGACGGUCUGCACAUUGCCAGUCUGGCUGAUGACAAGAUGGUGAGGUUCUGGAGGAUCGACGAGGACCACCCUGUGCAGGUGGCGACUUUGAGCAACGGUCUGUGCUGCGCCUUCUCUACUGACGGCAGCGUUCUAGCUGCAGGGACGAGCGACGGAAGCGUGUACUUCUGGGCCACUCCCAAGCAAGUCCCGAGCCUGCAGCAUCUGUGCCGCAUGUCGAUCCGGAGGGUGAUGUCCACGGGCGAAGUGCAGAAGCUGUCGGUCCCCCCCAAGCUGUUGGAGUUUCUUUGCUACCAGAUGUAGGCGGCUCCUCGUCUCCCGUGCUCGGGGGCCCUGGCAGGUUCUGCUUUUCACUCGCCUCACCUUUACAGACUUCAAGCACCUCUCUGGGGCUUAGAAGACUUAUUUAAAUUUCACACAUUCUUGUACUUCAUUUUCAGGUGGAGCUUUUACAUGUUAUUUAUAGACUAUAUUCAAAUUUUCUGAAAUUAUCAAACUGAAAGGGUUUUUUUUUUUAACUCUUAACUGUGAAAACAUGUACAUACUUAGAUGUUAGAUGUCACAUAUUGUUUUUUUUGUUUGCUUUUUUGCUUUGCUGAGUUGUGUCAUGUAUAUAUUGCUUCAGUAGCAUUCACAGCGUGUAUCUUUGCUGGAAGGUAUUCUGGGACACUGAUCUAAGAAAGUUAAAUUGCCCCAUACAAAUGUGUGUUAUUUGUUUGGGGGAGGGGUUGCCAAACUUCUGACCUGCAAGUGAAAUAGUUGUUGUGGAGGGAAAGAAUUUUGUUUUCCUUAGGAAUGGCAUCUGAGAGGUGAAGUUGGAAUGUGAUGUAUUAAUAUAGAACAGAGCCAUGGAUUGUGUAACUAGUAAACAGGUAAUUUUCUUGUCUAAAUGCAACUGCAGGCCUUAAUUUUGGAAAGCAACUUGUUAUUUUAACCCCCACAGUCUAAAGUAUUUUAAUUGUUUGGAAAAAUCCAUCUACUGUAUUAUUUACUUAGUGUUUUUUUCUGUAGUAAUGGACAUUUUUGUCUACUUUUUUUUUUUUAAGAUCCUGGUUUUUGUUUCUGACUGUCAUAUUAUUUCUUCAGGGGGUGAUAUUGGUGAAUUGCCAAAGAGAAGCAAUAUGUUUGCUUUUGCCUUCUGUUAUUUAUCUGUACCUGCAGAUAUUAAAAAUGUAUGCAUUACAUAAAAUGCUGAUUAUAUAUUUUUGUUGAAUAUUUUUAUUAAAGACUUGUACAAAAUAAACAUCUCUUAUGUGCUUGUU